AUGCCUUCGACGAGCAAAAAACAGCAAAAAGCAGCCUCCUCAAGGCUGCAAUCAAGCUCAAAUUCUGACCAAUUUUCGGCCUCUGUAUCGUCUGCUGCGUAUUCUUCACCGCGUCACAGUCAGAACCCAGAUGAUGAUAUCGACGAAGAUGAGCUCUUAUGCUCUCUUGAAGUAGUUUCCAAGCGAUUCCCGUGUUUUAUUUCUAAAUCCGCCUUCAUUGGCAAAGUCCACAGUGAUUCUGCUACCACUACUGCUGCUUCAGUAAUGGAGGGAUUAGACUCCAAAGGGUGUAAAAUUUGGUUGUCGGAGUCCGCUAUGCUUGCAGCUUCUGUUGCUCCUGGUUCAAUUGUAUCGGUCUCCCUUGCUAAUUUAACUAAAGUUUCCAAUCACUAUCCUUUAUGCUCAUUUGCUGAUGAGUUUGCAAUGAAUUUCGGGAUGGUCAUUGCUGAAAGACUGGCCGAUGAAGCAGGCUGUUACUUUGCCCUUGCAGCUGCUUUCCCUUCCAGUAAGCUUGUUAAAAAUGCCGUGCGCUUGUCUUCAAACCUAUUACUUACGAUGGGUUGUCCUGCUUCAGGCCGCACUGUGUAUGUUAAUCCUGUACAACAUCACCCACUCAUGGGUUUCAGUGAAUGCAAAAAAACACACAGCCUUAAUGAGUUUUAUCUCUCAUUGUGUAAGGGCAAGGAUAUAGGUUUAUCUCUUGUAUAUUCAAAUAGUAAAUUGACUCCCAGUAGUGUGUCCUCCAACCGCCUUUUGGCAGAAACAACACAGAUUCAGGAUGGAACCUGUGAGAUCUCAUCACCAAAGACACCAGUUUUCCCUCAAUCUAAACUUAGGUCCUUCAAUAGUGGCCAGUUAACAAGACAAGACUUCGAAGAGUCAGGAUCCAUUUUGUCCAAGCCGCAAGAGUCUUUAGAUGAUAUUCUUGAUGUGGAUAAUCUUGGUGAUGAUAAAGUGAGGAAACUUUUUGAGACCUGUUGUGUUGGUUGGUUGUUUUCUCGUAUUUUGCUCCUUGGAAAUUUUGUAGCCAUUCCAAUACUUUCAAGGAUUUGUAUUUUCCUAGUUGUAUCUGCUUCCAAUUUGUCUUUGGAAAAUAAUAUUCAUAAUCUGGCUGAGAAAACCAACUGUAACAUGAUACCCGAAAAGGUGGAAAAACAAAACUGUACAAGAGAUGCUUAUUUGGUUCAACAUGGAACAAAAGUUAAUGUUGCUUUACCUAGGAUUUCUUCAUCAGAAAUGUUAAAAGGAGCUUUGCUCUCAGCCGAUAUGCCAAAGCUGGGAGGCCUUUCUCAGGAGUUUGCUGUACUAAAAGAAAUAGUCAUUUCAUCGGCCGUUAGGUGUGAUUUAGCCAGGAUGGGUUUGCGACCUACAAAAGGUGUGCUGCUUCACGGUCCACCUGGGACUGGAAAAACUUCCCUGGUCAGGUUAUGUGUUCUUGAUGCUGGCGUGAAUCUAUUUCCUAUUAAUGGGCCUGAAAUCAUAAGUCAGUAUUAUGGCGAGAGUGAAAGAGCCAUGCAUGAGGUCUUCGAUGCGGCUAGCAAAGCAUUACCUGCUGUGAUUUUUAUUGAUGAGUUGGAUGCUAUUGCACCUGCACGUAAAGAUGGAAGCGAAGAGCUUUCUCAAAGAAUGGUGGCCACUCUGUUAAAUUUGAUGGAUGGUAUUAGCAGAACUGAUGGACUAGUUGUCAUUGCCGCGACAAAUCGACCAGACAGUAUAGAGCCUGCACUUAGGCGCCCUGGAAGGCUUGACCGGGAAAUGGAAAUAGGUGUUCCAUCGCCCAAAAAGCGUCUUGAAAUUCUGCAAGUGCUCCUUAGUGACAUGGAAAACUCUCUCUUGGAUAUGGAAGUUCAGAGUCUUGCCACAGCUACGCAUGGGUUUGUUGGUGCUGACCUUGCUGCCCUCUGCAACGAGGCAGCUAUGGUUUGUCUCAGACGAUUUGCUCACGCAGAGAUUGCUUCGGGUUCUGCAAACUUUGGGUCAUCUAGUGUUUUGCAAAACUGUAGUUUUAGUGGUGAAACGAAUAGCUGCUGUAACCGUUCAGAGAAUAAUUUGAAAGAGCUAUCAUUAUCUCUUUCAAGUUUGCAUAUUUCAUCUGAAAGUACAGAUGCUGCAGAACUUGGAGGAACUUUUGUACAAGAGGAUCCUAUUUUGAGAGUGACUUUUGAAGAUUUUGAAAAGGCUAGGUUGAAAGUUCGGCCCAGUGCCAUGAGAGAGAUAAUACUGGAGAUACCUAAGGUUCGCUGGGAAGAUGUUGGUGGCCAGAAAGAAGUCAAGACACAGCUGAUGGAAGCUGUUGAAUGGCCUCAAAAGCAUCGUGAUGCUUUCACACGCAUUGGAACUCGGCCCCCUAGUGGAGUUUUGAUGUUUGGCCCGCCAGGAUGCAGCAAGACUCUUCUGGCUCGUGCAGUAGCUUCUGAAGCUGGAUUAAAUUUUCUUGCAGUGAAAGGCCCAGAACUUUUCAGCAAAUGGGUUGGUGAAUCAGAAAAGGCUGUAAGGUCUCUAUUUGCAAAGGCAAGGGCUAACGCCCCAUCUAUCAUAUUUUUUGAUGAAAUAGAUGGUCUAGCGGUGAUCCGUGGGAAAGAGAGUGAUGGUGUUUCUGUUGCUGACCGUGUUAUGAGUCAACUUCUUGUGGAAAUGGAUGGUUUACAUGAGAGACUCAAUGUCACUGUCAUUGCUGCUACCAAUCGACCAGAUAAAAUUGACCCUGCCCUUCUCAGACCAGGACGCUUUGAUCGCCUGCUGUAUGUGGGGCCUCCAGACAUAAAAGACCGGGAGGAAAUAUUCCGCGUACACCUACGAAAAAUGCCAUGCAGUUCUGAUGUGUCAAUUGGAGAGCUUGCCAUUCUUGCAGAUGGAUAUACUGGUGCUGAUAUAUCCCGCAUCUGCCGUGAAGCAGCUAUUAUCGCUAUGGAGGAUGAUAUAAAUGCUUCAGAGAUAUCAAUGAAGCACUUAAGAGCUGGAAUAUCAAAAGUCCAGCCAUCUGAAAUUCAAUCUUACAAGGAGCUGUCAUCUAAGUUUCAGAGACUUGUCCACACGAAAGUGGAAGGCAUAUAG